CGCGAUUCGAACGGAUGGGUGACUAGUGAGUUGCGAACGCAGUACAGAACGCGACAAAAACCGCAACCACAAACACAAACUCCCUGCAACGAAUGAGCGUUGCCCGACCGAGGCUGGAACACCUUCCCCUUGCGCUGUGUGCUUUUCUGCUCGUAGUCGUCUUUCUGCCGCUCCUUCGACUAGGCUGGAAGAAUCGAUUGGUGUCCGCGGUGUUGGGACUCGGUCGGGGAAGGCCAGCACGCACCGCCACUUUCACCUCUCGACCGGGAAGACGAUUUGCGAACUUGCCAUUCCGCAACAAAGAACAACGCCGCGUUUGCUCGGGCGACAACGUCCAAUAUUGCCCGCAUCCACGUGGUUGUCGCUAUCUCCUGGCUACGAAACACGCAAGAAGAGACGACAAAGACAAAAUUGAAGACAAACUCGGCAAUCAUCCCAUGGGGAACGGCACCGAUGUUCCCAAACAGAAUAGCGAGGGCCGGGAAGGGAACGAGCCCAACACCAGAAAGCACUAUCGCUUCGGCGACCACCUUCAGGUCCUGGACCACCGCGAUCUGAUCGAUUACUACCAAGACGUUCAGCGCCAUCUCGGUUCCGGUGAACGAGAAUCCAACGAGCCACCACGUUUUUCGCUGCAGUACCUGCAACCUCGCCACCUCAAAUCCAUGGUGCGGUGCAUCCUGAAUCACCAUCCCCGUGACAGGGAAGGUGGUCAACACCCGGAGCUGGUGGUUUCCAAGUCCGACCUGCAGCACUGGCUGCGGUCAAUCGAAGUGCGCAGGAGAUGGAAGUUGACUCGGAUCCUCUUGUUUGGUGAGGAACACACACUCUUCGAUUCCCACCCCACCGCUAGUUACAAUUUCGCCAGCGAGCCCGAAACAACGAGUGGCAGUGAGCAGCAGCCUCUCGUGACAAACCAGUGGUGGUGGCAAACAGAGGGCAUUGCCGAGCAGGCGGCUCCGGGAUUCACGGAGACCAUCCUCGGCAUGUACCGCUACGGGCAUGCCAAUGCAACCAUCCAUCCCAAAAAGUUUUUGUCCAGGCUGGCGAGUGGUCGGGCCUUCAAGGGGGAUUUUCGGGCCCUUCUGGAAGAGCACUGCCGCCUCUCUCGCACCGCGGCCACGGCUCCGAUGACAAGCACCGAUGGUUUUACCACAGACGGGCCCGAUCAAGACGUGCAUCCGGAAAAGAGUCGUCCCGUUUCCGGGAGACAGGAUUUGAAUUCGAAGCUGAACAUGAUCGCUCUGUACGACGAAAUUGUUGGAGAUCAAAGCAAGGGCGAGGACCGUGAACACCAUGAUCUGGAACUGAUAGGCUGGUUUGUGGACGAACUGGAAGAGUCUUUCCAGAAUCGUCUCCAUCGCCAUUGCGAUGCCUCUUCUGUGGAGCAGUUCGUUGGCGACGAACACGAGUCGGGCACAAGCCAGAAAAUACCUGCGUUUGCGUCUCUACCGACGGUAGGAAGGGAACAGCUCGAUCUGUUGCGGGCCGUUUGCGAUCUACCUGUCGGCAAUGCUGCUUCUUCUUCGUCGUCUUCGCCAGCAAAUUGGGCUACCUCACAGACGAGCGACGGGGGCCUCUCGGUGGGCAAGAAGGGAGAACGCGACCUUUCCGCGUUCUUAGAGGAAACCCGCGCACUGCCGUGCCCCAGACAGCGGGUGUUGGCUCCGGUGUGGGUGCGCCACCGUGCCAAAAACCGUCGCAACACCAAGGGGAAAUGUCGCUGUGUCCUGGAACUUCCGGAACGAAGAAACGAGGCCCAAGACACCGGCGGCCUCAAAAUCCUUCCUUCCCACGCAGUAUCUAUGGGAACCACCACCGAAUACGACGCCAUGGUGGUUCGUAUCGUUGGAGAAGAGGAGAACGAUUCCGGUAUCGAGCUCACUACUGACUGCAAUGGUCAACGCACCAUGGUCAUCGAUGAGGUAUGGGAAGCCAAGGCCACCCUCGAUCCAUCGGCACUGCUCGAUGCACUGGAAAAAAAGGUCCGUUCCCUCCGGGCGAUUCUCCUCUCUAGCGAUUCCGGUGUGUUGAAUCUCGAUGCCGAAGGAGGCUCCGGAACUAAUAUCCCAGCCUACGACAACGCGACGGCAAGCUUUGUCAUUCUUCCCCAAUCCCGGCACCAUGGUUUGGUGGCUCCCGCGGCUGCUGGAUUGUCUUCCAAAUCCCUGGCGAUGGUGUACCGAGCGGGAAUACAGCCGUCCUUCCGUAGCUCUGUCUUGGAGACCUUUGACAAAGAAUGCAGCCACAGCAACAACUACGGCAACGACGAAGAUUUAAGAAAAACCAACGAGUGUGAUAAGCUGCCCCAGAUUGGUGCGUUUGCGAGUCGAAUGAUAGGUCCCAGAGCCGGAGCAAGGAGGAUCCAAACCAUAGUCUACGAACGGCUCCUGGAAACAGACCUCGAGACGGUUCGAGCCGUUAUCGCUGGCAACUCUACCACCGACAACGGAAACGAACCCUCUACGCACGGGCUCGUUCGGGAGGAUUCUCUCGAACUGGUGGAACGCAUUCUGCGAUUGGUUCGUGCCGUCAGGCCCGUUGUGGUAGUGGGAACGCUGCCAUCCGAGGAAGCAAGAGACGUACCCGCACCUAGCAAAACCGCACCAUAGUCAACCGGUAUAUAUAGAACACUGAUCGUAGCAGCGAACGAAUGGAAUCAAAUCAUAUCAAAUUG